AUGACACUCAGAGACGCGUCAGAGACUAAUGACGUCAAACUUGAAGACAAGGAACUUGAUCAGACAGACCUUGCUUCAGUCGACAAUGGAGCUAUGCGAAGUCAUGAUCUAACACCCGAAGAGGAUCGAAGAAUCCUGAGGAAGGCAGAUCUCCAUCUUCUUCCUAUCAUGGCAUUUGCCUACUUCUUCCAGUUUCUCGACAAGACUGCACUUAGCUACACAGCAAUUCUCGGGCUUCGUGAAGAUCUUCAUCUCAAAGGAGAAGAUUAUAGCUGGUCAUCUGCAAUCUAUUACUUUGGGUUCCUCGUCGCGACAUACCCCAUUGCUGGCGUAUUGCUCGUUCGAUUGCCCAUCGCAAAGGUCAUCGCUGUUACCAUGUUUAUCUGGGGAGCUAUCUUGAUGUUCACAGCGCUUUGUCGCAAUUCCAAAGACCUGCUAGCAACGCGAUUCUUUCUCGGCGUGGCUGAAACUGCGAUUGCCCCUGGUCUGUCUAUGAUUGUCGGUAUGUGGUACAAGAGAUCUGAGCAGCCCUUACGUCAAGGCGCUUGGUUCCUCGGGAACACGUCUGCCGGUAUUUUUGGCGGUCUUGUUAGUUACGGCUUUGGUGAGAUCAAGGGCUUUUCGCCGUGGAAGGCAAUCUUCAUCUGUUUCGGAGCUUUGACGAUAGCUAUUUCCGUUAUAGUUUUCAUCUUUCUUCCCGACACGCCUGCAAAUGCCCGUUUCUUGACCAAAGACGAGAGAGCUCAAGCCGUUGCUAGAGUUGAAACAAACAUGACGGGCAUCAAGAAUGACAAGUGGAAGCGUGAGCAGGUUUGGGAGGCACUUAGCGAUCCAAACGCGUGGCUUCUUGUCAUCGGUUACCUCGCCUCAAUCAUCCCCAACAAUGGACUUCUAACAUUCAACACCAUUGUUAUUCAGGGCCUUGGCUUCUCUGUCCUGAAGACACUUUUAAUCAACAUCAUCCCGUUUGUUUUCCAACUGGUCUUUGUCCUCAUUUCGGUCAUUGGAAGUACAUAUCUUCCAAACACUCGCCUGUUAUUCAUGGCUUUCAAUGUUACUACCAGUAUCGUUGGAGCUGUGAUGGUACGUGAAGUUGACCCAGCUCACAAGUGGACUCGCGUUAUGGGUUGUGCUCUCGGCGUUGCCUUUACUGCCAAUUUCCCCAUGACAAUGGCCAUGGUAUCAAGCAAUUUCGCUGGUUUUACCAAGAAGACUACAGUUAGUGCUAUGGUUUUUAUCGCGUAUUGUGCUGGAAAUAUUGUUGGUCCUCAUCUUUUCUUCCCUUCCGAGGCCCCUGGCUACAAGUCGGGAUUCCUAGCUGUUAUGAUUUGCUUGGCAGUGUCUGCUGUUCUCUGCAUUGUUCUACGGUUCUAUCUCAUCUGGGAGAACAAAAAGCGGGACAAUGCUGGGGAGGCCAUAGAGGGAUCAUUGGAAGGGCUCAAUCUUAGCGACAAGACAGAUCGAGAGAUCUCCCAAUUCCGUUACAUCUAUUAG